GUAUUUAUCAAGAGAACAAAAUAUUCGUUACAUGUAAUUCCUAAUUUGUAUUUCUUUUGUUCUUCUUUCCUCGUUACUUUCAUCUUUAAUUUUAGGAAUAUAAGUUAUUUUAAAUACAUGUAAUUAAUCGUAGAAGAACCAAAAGUUAAUCUUUGUAAUCAUUUUUAUUGUGAAUUGUUAUAUAUCCAUCCGGACAAAUAUAUUAUUUAAAUUAUAUUGACGCUAAUAGAUUAUACUACUGACUAUGGAAUUAUUUGAAUUGGAGGAUGGAUGGUAUACUGACCCUGAGUGUACAUAUCCUAAAGGAAAAUUGGGAUGGAAUAAAAAUAAAAAGAAGAAAAUGAGCGAUAAGCUCAGACCAAUAAUUAAAUAUUACAACGAUCAAAAAAAACAAGACAAUUUACAAAGAUUUGAUACAAUUGUUGUAACUAUUACUAUAGAUAGAAUUAAAGUAGGUAAACUUAUUGGAAUGAAAGGAAACAAUAUUAGAAAUUUACAAAGAAUAAGUAAUACUAAAAUUAGUAUAAAACGGUGUGCUUCAAAUGAUACUAAUGCCAUAGUAAAAAUAUCCGGAACUUAUAUGGCAAUAUUAGAAGCAGAACAAAUGAUAGAAAAUAUAUUAAAGCAAGUAUCGCCUUGUAGUAAAACAACAAAUAAUCAUAGGCCGGAUAUUGAUACAAAAUUUCACUUAAAGAGUAAAUCAAGCAUUACAGGAUACAAACAAAAUUCGAUAGUUAAUUAUUUUCCAUUUAUAACUAUGCCCAUAGAUGUUAAUAUUGUAGGUAAAUUUAUUGGGAAAGAAGGAAGAAAUAUUAAGCAAUUACAAGAUGAAAGUAACACUAUAAUUCGUGUAAGAAUAGUAAAUCCAUAUCCAAUUAUUGUUAUAAUUGGAUUGCCAAUAUUAAUACGUAAGGCAAAAGUUUUAAUUAAAAAAUGUUUAAAAAAAUUAUCACGUUUUACGAAAAAUAACUAUCGGAGCCUGACUUUGAAUAAAUGUGAUGAAGUAAGCCCCCCAGUGUUCGUCGGAAAUCCUCAAAUAAUCAAGAACUUAUAUAGAGAGGAUCCUGUUGUUGCUAACAUGUCUAAAAAAAAAGUAAAUAUGAUUAAGAAGGCGAAUAACAUUAUCGAAGUUAAAUAUAUGAAGGAUUUGUAUAAUAAUAUUAACGAUUUUCCUAUUCCUAAUCCAAUAUUAACGUUCGAACAAGCAUUCAGCAAUUAUCCAGCAAUGUUGAAGAAAAUAAGGGAACAAGAUUUAGAAAAACCAAACUCCAUCGAGUGUCAAGCAUGGCCAAUAUUGCUUAGCGGCAAAGAUAUGCUUGGCAUAGCACCAGCUAAAUUAGGUCUCUAUCAUAUAUUUCUAUUGUAUUUUUUAAUAUUUAUAUUAGACUAUUAUUCUCUAUAAUUAUCUUUUUAUCAUUAUUUAGAUAAAACGUU